GCUAUAUCUAUAAGACAAACACCCUCCAAGACUACUGAAUUUCACCGCGCAUAGUAGAGCCAAUAUAAAACACGUAAACAAAGCGGGUACGCCGACGUGUUUAUCCCGCGCCGUAAUAUUCCAAGGCCGUUCUGGCACGGGUACGCGCCAUUCCGGAUCUUUGGGUUGAAGAACAGCGAGUGUGAUCAGUGUUUUGUGUUUUGUGGUCUGCAAGACUCAAAUUCAAGGUUUCUGACUCGUUUUGCGGUCUAUCGUCGUCCCCGAAGUCGAGCGGCCUUCGUCUCGUGUUUUGGGACUUUUGUGUUUUCUGCGCUCGUCCACUUUCCUCUUCUUCAUCGUCACCUUCCUCCUCUACUCCUUCUCUCCUCUCCUCUUCUCUACCCCCCUCACUCCCUGACGAUCGCGUUUUAUCUGUCUGUUCCUCAUGGCGUCUUACGCGCUGUGUGCUUCGCCAAAUGUGGACGACUCCGUUCCCAUCCAGCCCCGGCCCGUAACGCGUCCCAUGCGCCUCAAGGUCCUCUACACGUUCGAUAACGCUCAAAAGACCACCUGCCUGGCGCGUUCGUCGUCCAUCUUCCAGGUCCAAGUAAUCCACUGCCCGCCAGCCUCCCCGACCUCCUCCCCGACGCGCACCCCUCCCCGCAACCACUCCUCUUCCUCUUCUUCCCGACGCAGACCCGACGUCGUCGGCGCGAUCGACCUGCGAUCUUGCAUCGCUGCCGUCGCUUCUUCGAGCCCCGAACUCGUCGCCGACCCGUCGAUCGACUACGCGGUCUACACUGUUGACUUUUCGGAACGCGACCAGCCGCUAGUCGGCCACGGCCUCCUUUCCUGGGCACUCGCAUCCUCGGCCGCGCCCCAACAUCAAGACAGCAUCAAUUCGACCGAGAACCAAAGCAGUAUCUCCAACCCCACCAACUCAUCCAACAACCCAUCCGCGCCGAGCGAUCUCUCCGCGAUCCCGACUCGCGACAACAGCCACUCAUCCGGCGCAGCCGCUACCGCGCACGAGGUCGCGGCCGGAACGCUGCAGAUGGUUUGCGGCCGCGUGUGCUCGAACGUUAUGAACAUGUUUGGCAACCACGGCGUGCGCGAGACUCUGGAGAUCAAGCUUCGACUACAACCUGUACGGCGCGCUCUAUCUUUGCAAUAUGUCUUUCAGCACUCUAUCAAGAUCUUUUCACUGACAUUGAUUAUUUUUUGUACAGGUCCACGGAGCUACGCAGAUGCGGUUUUUGAGAUCCAUGCAGCUAUACGUCCGGUUAUCAAACCUAAUGCCCGGAUGCUUCGACGCAGCCCGAUGGACAAGCUUCAUCCAAUCCCAGCCACGCGUAAUGGAACUUUUGACUGCGCCAGCAUACGCCGGGCUUGUCAGCAAUGCGGACAACAGCAGUAGCAGUACCAACCUGCUUCUGUUUGACAACGAAAACUCCUCGUCGGGAGCCGGGCGGCCGAAUGAUGACUAUGAUGCUUUCUUUGGAUUGCCGGUUGAAGCUGAGAGAGCGAUCGCUGCCGCCACAAACACCUCCACGCCCGCGACUACUGCUGCGAAGAAAGGGCGUCCUAAGGGAUCAUCUACACAGAAG